UCGCCUCGGGGCCGUUCCUCUGCUCGGGGCUCCGGCCGUUUCCCCUCGUCGUGCCCCGCUGUUGGGUGCGGGGUCUGCAGGGGACGCUCCGUUUUCCGCAGCGUUUCCUUUGCUCCUAAAGGAGAUUUCGACCCCACGGUAGAAGCCGCCCCGCUCCGCAGCUUCCGGACGCUGCACCGAUCCCACAUGGCCGCGCGGACCCGAUGAGGAUGGAGACCCGGGACUCCGCCGGCCGCGGCUCGGGGUUCAAGGCCUUCCCCCUGCCGCCCCGGGCCGGGCUGAGGGACGCGCUCUGCCCGCCCGACACCAAGUUCUUACCAAACAAGACCAGCAGCUUUGCUUGCCCAGCUGGAAAUGCCUCAUGCGCUCUCAAUUUCAGCCAAGAAGUCCCGUGCCCUGAGACCUACAGGACAGCAGGAGAGCCCCAGGGCUUUGGGUGCAGCACCAACGGGCAGUGGAGGGGUCUGGUGCCCCCCCCGAGCGCUGCGCUGCCCAAGCUGAGGCUGAGCCGUGGCUCUUACCUCGAGGCUCGCAAAAACCCCAGUGGGACCUCCAACAGUUUUGUAGGGAAGUCCAACCACCAUUGCCAUGGGUCGGCGUUUCCAAUCAAACCUGCCCAGAGCCCUUCCUGGAGCGGGCCGUGCCGCCGCAGCCUGCUCAGCCCAAAGAAAACUCCGCGGCGGUUCGUCAGCACUGCAGAGGAGACUGUUCGAGAGGAAGAGCGAGAGAUCUACAGGCAGUUGCUUCAGAUGGUCACAGGAAAGCAGUUUUCUACGUCCAAGCCCUCUUCGCUCUUCCCCUUCCAUCUGUCCAGGUGCUCAAAUUCCAGCAAAAGUGUACUGAAAGAAACUCCCAGCAAGAACUCAAAGCUGUUUGAAGCUCACAGCGUUGCACCAGCCAGCUCAGCGACCAGCGUUCUCGGGGCACAGGAGCAGCCAUCGCACAAACCACCGCUCUACUCCACGCCCAGCUAUCCCUGCAAUAUCUUCGAGUCCCAUAACUCCACAGCCCAGCAUCAGCAAGAAAAUCUACCAGCAUCCAACACUCAGUCUGAAGGAUCAGACUCGGUCAUUUUGCUCAAAGUAAAGGAUUCCAGAACCCCGGCUCCAAGCCUCCCAUUCUUCCAGGCAGAACUGUGGAUCAAGGAACUGACCAGCGUCUACGACUCGCGAGCUCGGGAGAGGUGGCGGCAGAUUGAGGAGCAGAAAGCUCUGGCCUUGCAGCUGCAGAGCCAGCGGUUGCAGGAGCAGGAGCACUCGGUGCAGGACCUGGUGGAUUUGAACCUUCGUGUGCCUCUCGAGAAGGAAAUCCCGGUCACGGUGGUCCCAGAAAAGAAAGAGGGUGCCAAGUCUGCUGAUGGUGAAGAGGAGUUCCCUGAAAUCACAGAG